AUGGUGCAUGAGCAGGUGCUGGUGAGCCCAAAAACUGUUGCUGAUAAUGCAUUGGGUUUAAUCAUGAAUUAUGUACAGCUUCAUUUGAAGUCUCAGGUGCAAGCAAAGCACCAUUUUCACUGGACAGCUCCUCUACCAGGUCUGCUAAAGCUUAAUGUUGAUGGUGCAAUGUUUGGAGAGUUGUGCAAAUCAGGUGUUGGGUGUAUUCUGCGGGACGAUAAAGGGAAGGUGCUGAUGGCUGCGUUAAAGGCUGAGAGUGAAGUUGAGGAACCAGAAGCUGUGGAGCUAAUAGUUGUUCUUCGGGGUCUUCAAUUGUGUGUCAGCAUGGGUAUCUCAAGAAUACAAGUUGAGUCUGAUUGCUUGUUAGUGGUGGAGGCACUGGAGCAUAAUAACAUGGCUGGUUCUUUGCUGGGGCUGCUUUAUCAAGAUAUUAAGUCUAUUUCUUCUUGCUUUGUUGAGUGUUCUUUUGUUUAUGUUCCUAGAGAGGGCAAUAGGGCUGCUCAUGGUUUAGCUAUAUGCUAA